AUGGGUCAAGCUCUUGCUGCAGCUCGCGAGGCAGUCCUUGCUGGGGACAAGCAAAACAAGCAGGAACUGGAGGAACAGCUCUCUUUCCUUGUCCGCCUGGCCACCGCUAAGCUGGACAAGUACCAGGCCGACCUUGAGGCUGUGUUUAUGACUGAUGACCCGAGAAACAGCCAUCGUGGUGGCAUUCCGGGUUUCCGUGCCUUGCGAUGGGAGCGUGCUUACGAUGUCGACAUCUCCAAGGAUUCCAACGAGACACUUGUGACCGGCGCCCUUGAUGUGUUUCUUGGCAAUGGGCAUGCGGGCGAGCACGAAGAGCAGAAGUUCUUCAUCUUCAUGCAGCACAAUGCUAUCAUCCGCAUUGAUGUCAAGAUAUGGCGCUACAAUUUUGUCAGCAAGGGCGUCAUGGGCGAAAAAGAGAAUACUGACGGUGGCGCAGAUAUCUUCUGCACAUCCGUAGUCAACCACGAUGUCCUACAGGAUGAUGAGCUUCUGUAUCUGCUCAGCGAGUACGCCGGCGACAACGCAAUGGCCGACUACCUCGCCAAGCUGGUCGGAAUGUGGAAUCUGAUUAAAUCGGUUACCGCAGAGGCGAAAGAUCCUAAGAAUCGGCUCAGAAUCAUGUCGGCACCAGCACCCAAGGCGAUCGAAGCGGCGCCCACCGCUGCCGCCACCAAAGCAGAGCCGGAUGAGAAGGACGUUCCGACGGCGAAGUAG